AUGGCGCAUUUCGCGUUAAUCGUCUUGGGUUUCCUGUCAGCAGUCAAUGCGGCUGUAUUUGCGAAUUAUCCUGUCAACGCACAAAUGCCUCCCGUGGCCCGAAUAUCGAAGCCAUUCCGUUUCAUUUUCUCACAAGGCACGUUCGGUGAAAGCGGCCCGCAAACAGUUUACUCGCUCUCGAACGCUCCAUCAUGGCUUACGGUAGAUAGCACAUCCCGUGUCUUGUCAGGAAUUCCUCGAAAGGAAGAUACUGGGUCGCCAAAGUUCGAUCUUACGGCCACCGACCCGUCUGGGUCUGCCAGUAUGCAAGUGACUCUUAUCGUGACUGCCGACGACGGUCCGAAAGCUGGCAAAUCCCUCGUUCCGCAACUACAAGCCAUGGGUCCGACGUCUUCCCCGUCUAACCUCAAUGUGCACUCGGGCCACUCGUUCUCGAUCUCUUUCGAUGAGGAUACUUUCGUCAACACUCGCCCUUCGACAGUAUACUAUGGAACCUCAUAUCCGGAAAAUGCUCCUUUACCGUCGUGGAUUGGUUUUGACCAGUCAGCCCUUCGAUUCUAUGGCACCGCGCCUAACAUCGGGCCCCAGACUUUCAGUCUCAAUUUGGUUGCAUCCGAUGUAUCUGGAUUUAGCGCGGCUAUCAUGAGUUUUAAUUUAACGAUUAGCCCUCACAUCUUGUCCUUCAAACAGAGCGCCCAAACACUCUUCGUUACCGGUGGAAAGGCGUUUGCAAGCCCUCGUUUUCUCGACGCUCUCACGUUGGAUGGGGAGGAACCAACAAGUAACGUUCUUGCAGAGAUUCGUAUCGAUGGCCCGGACUGGUUGGAGGUUGACAAGCAAUCCUUGUCGUUUAAGGGAAAUCCGCCUGCCAAUUCAGAUAACAGAAAUGUGACUAUAUCAGUCAAAGAUAUUUACCAGAACGUGGCCACACUUGUUGUCUCCUUGCAAUAUUCUCACUUCUUCCUCGACGGAUUUGACGACGAAUGCGAUGCUGUUAUCGGGCAGUACUUCAAUUAUACAUUCGACAGUACCGCCCUUAUCAACGAGUCUGCAGAGUUAGAUGUUGACCUGGAUCAACAGCUGUCCUGGCUGCACUAUAAUCAUGACAACAAAACACUUCACGGUGAAGUACCAUCUGGUCUCCAUCCGGCCAGGUACACUGUUCGAUUAACGGCCCGCAAAGGAACCGCAGAGGGUCAGAAGACAUUCAAUAUCAACACCGUAACCGGAGACGACUCACACGGUGACGGAGCUUUAUCUACGAGCGGUCCUCAAUCAAACAAAGCUGGCAUUAUAGCCAUGGGGGUUUUCAUACCACUGGGUUGUGUAGCUAUCAUCCUGCUCUUACUCUACUGCCGGCGCCGCAAGCAACGAUCGCCCAAAGACGAAGACGGAUUAGGAUUCGAAGAGAAAGCAUUUCCCUUCGGGCCCGUUGGUCCCGGUUCAUCACACUGCCAGCCGUUUGACGGCACUAUACAGGGAAACCUACCUGCCAUAAACAGAGCUCAAUCGCUCGAGUCGAAGCCUCCGAAACUAGAGCUAGAGCCGUGGUGGAGCGUCAGCAGCGCGGUUAGGGACGGAAAUGCCCAGGUCACAUCAGGUAAAGAAAAUACUUUCUCGAACUCGACGAUUGACUGGGACUUUAUCCCGCUACGAGACCCUGAACAGGAUGAGAACAAACCGCCCGGAGAGCCAGCUCCUAAACCCAAUCAACUCUCUAUUCAAAGCAGCUCCCCGCCGCGAAGGUCCAUGAAACGAAAUUCGGCAGUAUCAUCUCGGUCAAAGAGGUGGUCCAAACGGUCGAGUGGCAUUUCCUCCACUUCUGCGGGGCUCCCAAUGAGGCUCAGCGGUGCUGGUCACGGAGCGGGUGGUUUUGGCCCACCAGGGCAUGGGUUCGUGAAGCUUUCCUGGCAAAACACCCAGGAAUCUUCACGAAGUGAAGAGAGCGGCCUAGGGAAAUUGGCCCCGUUAUUUCCUCGGCCCCCUGCUCGCACGGCAGGCUAUCAAGACUACAUGAGGAGGAUGAGCGUGCGUACCGUGGACCGUGAUAGCUUGACACUUUCAGAGUCCGAUUCAUUGGAGGCGUUUGUUCAAGGUCGUGCCAGAAGCCGCCAUUCAUCCAACCCCUUCAUUGCUGGCCCAAUAAGCCGUCGAGUAUCAUCCAAAGCUCGUGCUCUGCAACGAGCACGAAGCAAUGAUAGCCGCGCGGAUACGGUCAAUACAGCCACGAACAACGAUGACUAUCAACGUCAAGAGCGUCCCUGGUCCCUGACAAUGUCAGGUUCUAUCUACACUGACGAUUAUCGUCAUUCUACAUAUCUAAGCUCCUUGUCUGAAGAGUCGCUCCACGUGCAGCCAUUAGGUGUCUUAAACAAUGGGCCAAGUCAAUCAAGUCUGGCACAACAUUAUUCCAAGAUUAUCUCGCCACUGCCCCGUUUCUUCAGCGAGUUGAGUCUGAACAACGCCAGACGCGAUGAUACUGGAGGAGCAUACGUUCCUGACGAUCAUCGGAACCAUUCGGGCAAUCGUCGAUGGUCCCGAUCAAGCCCAUCAUUACACAACUGGCGUCGGCUCCAAAAGAGCCCUUCAGCAUCGUCUAUCAUGUAUGAUGCGAAGGGUCACGGUCUAAAUUUGAAGCGAACGGUUGAACAGGAUCCGAGCUACCAGGGCGGCUUCCAGAGGGAACCUACAGGAAGCGUGCUCAGCGAUAUAGCCUUCGUUUAG